GUAGCAGGAGGUUGCCGUAGGUGUGCGCGUUCCCGCCACAGAAAGCGAUGGCUGGCUCCGGGUCCUUCUUAUUGAGUUUUUUUUUUAAAUAUCUAUGAUAUUUAUUUUUUUAGUUAAAUAUUUAUAUCCGUUUUCGGCGUUUGAUUGAACGCUGGUAUGCCGCUCGGCCUUAUAAAAGGACCCGACACCGCCGACGAGAGUCCAUCGGCAAGAGAUUACAAAGAAAAGAGAAGGACAGCAAGAGAUCCAACGGCAAGGAAGAACGCGGAAGAGGAGGAGGAGGAGAAGAUGUCGUGGCAAAACUACGUCGACGAUCAUCUGAUGUGCGAGAUCGAAGGCAAUCGGCUGUCGGCCGCCGCCAUUGUCGGCCACGAUGGCUUUGUCUGGGCGCAGAGCGACACCUUUCCCCAGUUCAAGCCUGAAGAGAUCGUUGCCAUUAUGAAUGACUUUAAUGAACCUGGAUCCCUUGCCCCAACUGGUUUAUACCUUGGUGGUACAAAGUACAUGGUGAUCCAGGGUGAGCCAGGAUUUGUUAUUCGAGGGAAGAAGGGACCUGGUGGUGUGACUAUCAAGAAAACCAAUCAGGCUUUGAUCAUUGGUAUAUAUGAUGAGCCACUGACUCCUGGGCUGUGCAACAUGAUCGUUGAGAGGCUUGGCGAUUAUCUUGUUGAUCAGGGUUUCUGAAUUUGGUAUAUGGUUUUUGGAACUUAUUUUAUUUUGUUUGUUCUGAAUCUUUGACAUGAGCUUGCAUCUACCUGGUGUUGAACCAACGAAUAAUCAGCUUGAUAUCUAGUGUGAUAUUUGUGGGAAAAUCUGUUUGUCAGUUCAUGUGCUUUUGGGACAGUUGUGGGAAAAUCUGGUUCAGUCCAUAUGUUGGCAUGGUCUCUAUCUUAAAAUUUCAUGUCUGUAACUUUUAUGUGCUGGGGAUUAUUACAUCUCCCGGAAUAGUGAUACCUCUCCAUAAGAAAAUCUUCGAAGGCUUAAAGAGUGUAGAAAAUUCUGAAUCA